AUGAAGCUUCGACCGAGCGGGGUGGUGUACAGGCUCAUCUCCACGAAUGAGCGAGUCGGUUUGAAGAGGUUCUACGUGAGUUGCCCCACGGUUAGGAAAUCGCUUGGUGUGGGCGGCAAGGAGAUCAUUAUCCCCCGUAAGGGGAGUAUGCCAGUCUGGAAGGAAGAAGGGAAUAACAACCCCAUCCGAAGUGUAACAACUAGCACUAGCAUCGGUGGUGAAGUCAACGUCUGCAUCAAUGUCGGGUUUGGUCAUCACUACUGCGCCUUGCAAAAUAGAGUAUCUAUAGUGGUAACCCCUCUGCGUCAAACGAAGACGAACAACUCCCCUUACGCAAACAAUGCAAGGAAGAAGUUUUCUACAAAGGUGCCAAGGGAUGAUAGGCAGGCAAGUACCUCCCUCGAAGGAGAGCCAACAAGCAAAGGGGGUAAUUCCGCUGAAGCGUGCAAAUCGCAAGAGGGCAAUAAUCUAGAGAAGACAAAAGAAAGUUUCCUCCGAAAUGAUCAAUUUCCUUUGCGUGGUGCAACUGGCACAUUACAAGGGGGAGAAGAAUACACAAAUGUCAUCGAAAUGAUGAAAAAAAAAAAAAUAAAAAACAACGAAAAGGAUAAGGGAAAAAUCGCAAAAAUAUGCAAGAAAGGAACAAACGGAAUUAAGUUAAUUUUUACCUUGAUAAAAAAAGCAGGAGAACAAAUAAAAAUAAUAAUAAUACAGCCAUCGAUAUUGAAGGUGUAUUUCGCAGACUUAAAGAAAAAUAUAAAACACACAGUGGUAUGGGUCAAAACAGGAGUCCUCUUAUUUCUGACAAAUAUGAAAAUUUCAAAAAAUUUAAUUAUAAAAAGAUUAAAAGGACACAGAUUAUCAUACUCAGAAUACAAAUUACUAAUUAGGACAAUGAAUGAUAUGUUCAAAUUAAUACCUUUUUCAUUUUUCAUCAUCGUUCCAUUUGCGGAAUUUUUACUCCCCGUAUUCUUGAAGAUCUAUCCAAAUUUGUUACCUUCCACAUUUAAAAAUAAUGAUGAUAAUUUUGUGAAUAUUAAAAAGAAUUUAUAUGCAAAACAACAGUUAGCGAAAUUUCUACAACAGUUAAUUGAAGAAAAAGAAAAACAAUUAAAUGAAAAUAUUGGAAUUGACUCUGAAAAAAAAAAAAAAAUUUUAUUGAAAUUUCAUCAUCAAUUAAUUAAUAAAGACGAGAAAGAUAUUAACCCCUUUUUAAGUGUAGGGGAUACUUUAAAAAUUGCUAAAAUUUUUAAGGACGAUUUUGUACUGGAUCAAAUGAACUUAAAAACGCUGCAAACAAUUUGUCAUCUCCUUGGACUGAAGCCUUAUGGAAUGCAUUACCAUGUCGUCCUUCAAUUGAGGCAUCACUUUUUGCGCCUGCAGAGGGAAGACAGAGAACUCAUGUACGAAGGGGUGGAUAAUUUAAAAAAGCACACAUUGAUAGAGAUAUGCAAAGAUAGAGGAAUGAAUUUUAACACUUCCGAAGAGGAAAUGAAAUUACAAAUUCAACAAUGGUUGGAGUUGGCCAGCAUUAAGGAAGUACCCUACAUUUUACUCCUCUACAUUCGCUGUGUUGUCGUUACACAUGCCAUCAUGGAUAUACAGGAUACAGAAAAGGUUAACACAGCCACCACGCAAAAUAAAGAUGUAAAAAAUGCUACCCUUGAUGAUAAACAGAAACUUAUACAGGAGGCCAAGGAAAAACUGGACGACUUAAAAAUGAAGGAACAGGAAAUUAAAAAAAAUAUUAACAAGGAGACUAGUGAAGAGGAAGGAAAGGUCGUAACCUCGCACAAGGAUAGUAAAAUGAAGAUAGACUUCCUCAAGAAAAACAAAUAUCUGCAAAAUGAGUUGAACCUUUUGAAGCAAAUCUGCGACUUGCAACACACGGAACUGAAGAUUGCCUUCACGUCGUUAACCGACCUCGCGGAGAAGAAGGAGACUUGCGACAUCAACGAAGUGAUAAAGAAAAUGUCGGAGAGACUCCUGGACAUCGAGAAACACAUCAGCGAAUUGAAUGCACACAAGCAGAUCGAAUUGGAUGAAUAUUUCUACCCAGAAGAAGAAAAAACCGACGAUGUCGUGAACAUAAAGAACUGA